AUUUCAAACAUCGAUGCAUCAGUUUGCAGAGGUUCUCUUUACUCUGUAAAUGCAUAAGCCUUGGUUUUCCAAGCUCAUAUUGACGAUCACUGAUCAGCCCUCCGAUAACCGGUCAGCCUUCUCUCUGUCUCUUGCUAGCUCACUCUCUAUGAAAUAAAAAGUUGCUUCGUUUUCCUUUUCUCGAAUUUUGUUUGAUUCAAAGAGUUUGGUUCUUGUGGGCCUUGAGCUGAAGAAAGUUCAAAACUUUUCAAGUUUUGGAGCUCAACCCCCGACAAAUCAGACCCCAUGAGGCUGUUAGAAAGCUCCAAACUCAGCCUCUUCAAGUUCAAAGCUUGCUCAUUAAGCUCACAAGUGACCCCGUUUGGCCCCUUCAAUUCAUUUGUGCAAAAGAGGUGGAGAAAGCCUAUAAUUUCCGCCCAAACACGCUUAGAAGAUCGAACCAGGGACUCAAACCUAGACAAGCUCACAACCCACCUCAAGAAACUCGAUAUCAUCUUAAAACUCCAUGUCCUCAUGUCCAGUCGGAAGCGCGGACCAUUUGUUUCCUUACAGCUAAUGUCCCGAUGGAGGAACGUCGUGGGGCUUAAUGUCGGCAUUGGCGCCUUUGUUCACAAAUACCCACAUGUUUUUGAGGUGUUUACACAUCCGGCACGGCGCAAUUUGUGUUGUAGGAUAAGCAAGAAAAUGAUGGGUUUAAUAGAGGAAGAAGCAGAUGCUAUGAAACAAUUGGAGCUGGAAGUUGUCCAUCGGGUAAAGAAGUUAUUGAUGAUGUCUGUGAGUGGCACUCUUCAUCUCCAUGCUUUGAGGUUGGUUAGGAGAGAAUUGGGGUUGCCUGUGGAUUUCAGGGAAUCCAUUCUUGGUAAAUAUUCGAAGGAUUUUAAGUUGGUUGAUUUAGAGGUUGUAGAAUUGAUUAGUAGAGAUGAAAAUUUGGACGUGGCUGAAAUUGAGAAAUGGAGAGAGAAGGAAUUUAGAGAGAAGUGGUUGAGUGAGUUCGAGACAAAGUAUGCAUUCCCUAUCAAUUUCCCAACGGGGUUUGAGAUCCAGGCUGGGUUUAGAGAUAAGUUGAAGAAUUGGCAAAGACUUCCUUAUGUGAAGCCUUAUGACAGGAAAGAGUCUGUCCGCAUUCGUACUUGUGGAGGGAUUGAGAGGUAUGAGAAACGGGCGGUUGGUAUUCUUCAUGAGUUCUUGAGUUUGACAGCAGAGAAGAUGGUUGAGGUUGAAAGGUUAGCUCAUUUUCGGAGGGAUUUCGCCAUGGAUGUUAAUGUGCGUGAGCUUAUCCUGAAGCACCCUGGAAUUUUUUACAUAUCAACCAGACGUAAUAGUUUAACUGUUUUUCUUAGAGAGGCAUAUAGUAAAGGGUGCCUCAUUCAGUCUAAUCCGAUAUAUGAUGUUCGGAGGAAAAUGUUGGACCUUGUUUUCCUAGGGAGUCGAAAUACUAGAGAAAUGCCAGCUCAAAAGGAAAUCAAGGAGUUCAAAGUAGAUGGGGAUGGUAUAAUGGAUGGAGACUGGGUUAUCCCAAUGUUAGAGAACUUGGAGAAUGGAAGUUGAAAUUGGUAAUUCAAGGUUUCAGGAAUACAGUCAGAUUUAGGGAUGGAAUUAUGGAUGGAGACUGGGUUAUCCUUGUAUGAAACAUGUUUCAUCUCUUAAAUAACUUGAGUUGAGCCCUUCAGUCAAGAAUGUGUGCCCUCACAGACCACAAUGCGGAAUACGACUUGGACAUUUCCCAGUAUCUUGUUGGGGCAUAACUCUAUUUUGCUAUGCUCUAAGAACAACAUGACAAGGCUAGUUUCUGGAGGACUAGAUAUGAGUUACACAAGAAAUCUGCUUGCCUUCAAAUAUCUGGGUCUAUAACAUUUUGGAGCUAAGCUAUAUAGCUUUUUCCCAAUUUAAUAUUCUUUUACAACCAAAAGCACCACAGAUUCAGGGGCUCAUUCCGGUCAUUAGUCUUCAGGACCUCUCAUUGAAUUGCUUCAACUCAAACAUUUGAUUAGUGAGCAGUAUGUGUUGGCGAUAUUAAUUAAGUGAGAGGAGAAUUGGAUUGGUUCUUAAAGUGGAGAACAUGGAUUGGUUCUUCAAAUGUAAAAAACUCAAUUGUAUGAUUCAAAUGACAAUCACAUGCUUUGCAA